UUGGGGCGCCUCUUUCGAUCAAGGGGGCAUGGCCACCGCUUCCCUCUUCGCCGCCCUGCUCCGGCGAUGUUGCUCGAGAAACCCUAGCGCUCCCAGCCUCCGGACCUCACCGUUUGCCUUACUCGAAAGCUCUCGGCCCUUCUCCUCGGGCCCUCCGACGAGCGAAGUCUUGGCCGUCGAAGAGGGGACCGCCGCCUCCGAGGACAAUCUCCGGAGCCGAAUCUUUCGGCUCCGAUUGCCUAAGCGGAGCGCGACGGACGCCCUCGACAGAUGGGCCGGAGAGGGGCGCACGGUGACGGCGUCGGAGCUCCGCCAGAUCACCAAAGACCUCAUGAGGUCGCAGCGCUACAAGCACGCCCUCGAGAUUAUAACAUGGAUGGAUUCAAAUGGCCCUUUCCAAUUAUCAUCCUCAGAUCAUGCACGCAGACUUGAUUUGAUAAUUAAGGUCCACACUAUAGCUGAAGCUGUAACUUAUUUCAAGAAGCUAACUACCAGUGCUUCAAAGAAGGCUGCAGCUUUUCCUCUUCUACAUUACUAUGUGAAAGCAAGAGACUUGCAGAAAGCUGAGUCCCUAAUGUCUAUGCUGCAGAAUUGUGGGUUGGCCGUGGAUGCUCACCCUUUUAAUGAGAUGAUGAAGUUGUACAUGGCCACAGAUAAGUUCGAAUCAGUUACUCAUGUAAUCCAGUACAUGCUACGCUCCAAAAUAUCUCUUAAUGUUCUUUCGUACACCCUUUGGAUGAAUGCAUGUGGUAAGUUGUCUGGUAUUGCUUCUGCGGAAAUGGUUCUGAUGAAAAUGAUAAAUGACAAGAAUGUUGAGGUUGGUUGGAGCACAUACUCAACUUUGGCCAAUAUUUACACAAAUUCUGGAUACAUUGACAAAGCAUAUGAUGCACUCAGAGUUGCUGAGGAAAAGCUUUCUGUGACAAAGCGUCUUGCCUAUUAUUUUAUCAUGACUAACUAUUCUGCUCUGAGUGACAGGGAUGGGGUUUUGAGAUUGUGGGAGUCCAGUAAAAAGGUACCUGGUAGAAUAACUUGUGCAAACUACAUGUGUGUGAUAUUAUGUUUGGUGAAAGUUGGUGACAUUCGAGAAGCUGAGAGAAUCUUUAGGACAUGGGAAUCAGAAUGCAGAAAUUAUGAUGUCAGGGUUUCCAAUGUUCUUCUAGGUGCUUAUAUGAGGAAUGGAUGGAUGCAUAAAGCUGAGUCAUUGCAUCUUCAUACUUUGGAGAAAGGUGCCCGCCCAAAUUACAAGACAUGGGAGAUUCUGAUGGAGGGAUGGGUGAAUAACAGGCAGAUGGAUAGGGCUGUGGAAGCCAUGAAGAAAGGUUUCUCUAUGUUAAAAGAUUGUCAAUGGAGGCCUCCAGCUGCAAUCUUGAUGUCCAUUGCAGAGUAUUUUGAGGAGCACGGCAGUGUUGAUGAGGCAAAAACAUUUGUCAAGGUUCUUCAAGGUUUGGGCUUAAUGGAUUUACCCUUGUACAAGUUGUUUCUCAGAACACACAUAAAAGCUAGGCGAGUUGUUCCAAAUAUUCUUAGGAUGAUGGGACAUGGUCAAAUAGACCUGGAUGAGGAAACUCUAUCACUUAUUCAACGGAUGAGCAAUGUCAGCAGCACUGUGGAUGAUGAUUUUCUUUGUCAGAAUUGACAAUUUAUUGAAAUUAGACGUGCUAUAAUUUCAAGAUGCAUCCUAAGAAAUAAGAUCCUUGUUCGUGAUGAAAGCAUCAUCUACUUUUUUAAGUGAAACAGGAAGUGAAAUCUCAAGGUUAUUUCUCAGACCAGUUGCAGUUUUGAUGCCCUAUUCAAAAGCAUAGUUCUUUGCAGUGAACUCAAGCAGUUACACUAGAGAUUAUUGCAGUUUUGAUGCACUAUUCAAAAGCAUAGUUCUUUCCAUGUAACCUUCCUAAUACUAGAAUGCAGCGAAAGGGUGACAGAUGCUUUUAAGCAGAUUGAGCUGAUAGCAAAAGGGUUCAGGAAGUCAUUGAUCCGAAUACUGAUUCUAAGGCAAGUAUUGUUAAUUAACUAAAUUGUUGUCAUAUGUGGCAAACAAUAGGAUCCAGCCGAAGGCAAUAUCUGCAAGCUAAUCAUCUUUCAUCCAAAAAUCUCACCAAAUUUUUUUUAAGGCCAUCGUGAAGCUCCUUUAUUGCCUUGAAUUGUUUCUGCUGUCCGAGAAUACAUUUAACUCUUGCUUGCAAGCAUAUGGUGGUUGAGGUCCUGAUGAAGUUCAUAAUCGUGGAAUCUUCUCUUGUGGACGUUUUGCAUUGGAAAUAGGUGAUGCCCUUCUGAGUAAGGAUUUCUUGGCAAGAGAAAGUGAUUCUCCUAGUUGCCUCGUUGAAAUACUCCUAUAUGAUACUGAAUUUGGAUUGUUGCCGCUACCAUCUUGUGUAUAUAGCAGGAUAUUGCAUUUCUGUCAGAUUUUAGGAAUCAAUAGUGCAUUUGUUGCUCGACUCCUCUCAUGAUGUUUUGAUUCUCUCGCUGUUGUUCCAAAUUACAUAUGGUGAUAUAUGAUGCGUUUGGAAGUCA